GGUGAUGCUGCAGCCAAGAUGGCGCUGGCAGCGGCAGCGGUGCUCUGAGCGCGAUGCUCCGAGUCUUUCGCGGCAGCGGCUGUGGCCUCGGCCGGGGCUUCGGCUCUCUUCGAGGCGUGAACGCUCAGGUUCCUCUCCUCCGGCCCGGUUAACCCCGGUCAAGCGCCAACCACGAAGAGAGGAGACAGUGAGCCACUGAGAGGGAGAGCGCGGCCGCCUCCUGCCCCGGCACCAUGGCUGGGAUCAUCAAGAAACAGAUCCUGAAGCACCUCUCCAGAUUUACCAAAAAUUUGUCUCCUGAUAAGAUAAAUCUGAGUACCCUGAAAGGAGAAGGUGAACUGAAAAAUCUGGAGUUGGAUGAAGAAGUCCUCCAGAAUAUGUUAGACUUGCCAACAUGGCUUGCUAUCAACAAAGUUUUUUGCAACAAAGCAUCAAUUAGGAUCCCAUGGACUAAACUGAAAACACAUCCCAUCUGCUUGUCUCUGGAUAAAGUAAUAAUGGAAAUGAGUACAUGUGAAGAACCAAGAGCCCCUAAUGGUCCAUCACCAAUUGCAACUGUUUCAGGACAAAGUGAAUAUGGCUUUGCUGAAAAAGUAGUUGAGGGUAUUACUGUUUCUGUAAAUUCCACAAUUCAAAUUGGAGCAAAAGCCUUUAAUGCAUCUUUUGAACUUUCCCAUCAACGGAUAUAUAGUGUAAAUGCAAACUGGGAACAUGGAGAUUUAAAACGUACUCGUAUCCAGGAUCCACAGAGAGGAGAGGUUUUGACUUUUAAAGAAAUAAAUUGGCAGAUGAUUCGAAUAGAGGCAGAUGCUACCCAAAGUUCACAUGAAAUUUUAUGUGCUCCUGUUCGAUUAAUAACCAAUCAAUCAAAAAUCAGAGUCACACUGAAAAGAAGAUUAAAGGACUGCAAUGUCAUAGCAACAAAAUUAAUUCUAUUAUUGGAUGACUUAUUAUGGGUUUUGACGGAUUCUCAAUUGAAGGCUAUGGUACAAUAUGCAAAAUCUCUUAGUGAAGCAAUAGAAAAAUCAACAGAACAAAGGAAAAGUAUGGCUUCUGAACCUACACAGAGUUCUACUGUAGCACCAUCUACCCAGCAAGUGAAGACACCACAGACUCCAAAUGCUCCUGAUGUAAAUGAUGCAAUUAUGAAACUAUUCAGUGACUUUGAUGUUAAAGAAACCUCCCAUCACUUAGUGAUUUCUCAUCUAGAUCUACACAUAUGUGAUGACAUUCAUGCUAAAGAAAAAGAAUCAACCAGACGUAUUACUGGAGGGGCUAUGCAACUCUCAUUUACUCAGCUAACUGUAGAUUAUUAUCCUUAUCACAAAGCUGGAGAUAGUUGUAGUCACUGGAUGUAUUUUAGUGAUGCAACUAAAACAAAAAAUGGAUGGGCCAAUGAGUUGUUAAAUGAAUUUGAAUGCAACGUUGAAAUGCUUAAACAAGCUGUGAAGGACCAUAAUGUAGGUUCACCUCCUAAAUCUCCAACACAUGCCUCUCCUCAGCACACCCAAACAGAGAAAGAAUCAUCUCUGAAAGGAAAUUCCAGAACACAUUCUGUGUUAUCUCAGCAAUCAAAGACUAAACUGAUGUCUAGCUCUGUUGUGGUGAGACUUGCAGAUUUCAAUAUCUACCAGGUCUCAACAGCAGACCAGUGUCGUUCUUCCCCUAAAAGUAUGAUUUGCUGCAAUAAAAAAUCCCUGUAUCUUCCACAAGAAAUGCCUGCUAUCUAUAUAGAAUUCACAGAAUAUUACUAUCCAGAUGGAAAGGACUUUCCAACUCCAUCUCCUAACCUCUAUGGCCAGCUGAAUGCGUUACAGUUUACUGUUGAUGAGAGAAGCAUUCUAUGGUUAAAUCAGUUUCUGUUGGAUUUAAAACAGAGCCUUAACCAGUUUAUGACUGUGUACAAGUUGAAUGACAAUUCAAAGUCUGAUGAGCAUGUUGAUGUGCGAGUUGAUGGCCUAAUGCUAAAGUUUGUCAUCCCUUCUGAAAUGAAAUCUGAGGGUCAUCCAGAUCAACCACAUGCAAUUUCUGUUCAGAGUUCGGAAAUGAUUGCCACCAACACGAGGCACUGCCCAAACUGUCGCCAUUCAGAUCUGGAAGCUUUGUUUCAAGAUUUCAAGGAGUGUGAUUUUUUUAGUAAAACAUACACCAGCUUCCCCAAAUCUUGUGGCAGUUUUAAUGUUCUCCAUCCAAUCUUCCAGAGACACGCUCAUGAGCAAGAUACCAAAAUGCACGAUGUUUACAAAGGGAAUAUUAUUCCCAAGUUGAACAAGUAUACUCUAAGAACUUCUGCUGCCGCAGAUGUUUGGGCUGUAUACUUUUCACAGUUUUGGGUAGACUAUGAAGGGACAAAAAGUGGAAAAGGGCGGCCAGUAAGUUUUGUGGAUUCUUUCCCUCUUUCCAUCUGGAUUUGUCAACCGACACGGUAUGCAGAGUCACAAAAAGAGCUCCAGACUUGUCAGGCAUCUCUAAAUACAUCCCAGAGUGAAUCCAGUGAUCUGGCUUGUCGGCUGAAACGUAAAAAGCUCUUGAAGGAAUAUUACAGUACAGAAUCUGAGCCUUUGGGAAAUGGUGGUCAGAAACUCUCCUCAUCAGACUCAUUUCUCAGAUUUUCCUCUUCGUCAUCAGACGCAGAUGUUCAUGUUCUGGUUCAUGUGCAUAAACAUGUCAGUAUGCAGAUCAACCACUACCAGUACCUGCUCUUGCUUUUCCUCCAUGAAUCUCUUAUUCUGCUUUCAGAGAAUGUGAAGAAGGAUGUAGAGGCAGUGACUGGCAGUCCUGCCAGUGAGACAUCAAUCUGUGUUGGGAUUUUACUUAAAAGUGCAGAAGUGGCCCUUUUGCUACAUCCAGUGAAUCAAGCAAAUGCUCUUAAGUCCCCUGUUUCUGAAAGUAUGAGCCCAGUCGUUCCUGAUUUUUUGCCCACAGAAAAUGGAGAGAUUUUGUCUGCAAAAAGAAAACAAGUUCAUAAUGGUAUAAAUCAAAUUAGAAGUGUAACUCUUAGUCACAUGGCAGACAACAGAUCUAUGAGUGUUGACCUCAGCCGGGUUCCUUUGAAGGAUCCUUUGCUUUUCAAAUCAGCUAGUGAUACAAAUCUGCAGAAAGAAAUUUCUUUUCUAGAUUUUUUGUCCGAUAAAAACUUAGAGAAAAUAAGUGAAGAUGAAAGUGGUAGCACCAUCUACAAAAUGAGCUCAGGAGAAGUUGGAUCAGAAGGAAGUGAUAAAAAGGAUUCAUCUUCUACAGAUUCACAAAGUGUCUUAUGCUGCAGAGAAGAUUCACGUAUUCUUUCAGUUAAUAAUGGUGGAAGCCAAAAUGUCACUUCAAAUACUGGUAAAGAAAAUGAAGCCAUAGAUUUAUUAGUCAAAGCGGAGGAUUUUGUUCUAGAAACUGCUUCACUCCUUGAGAACGUAGAAAUCCAUAAAGAAGAGGUUUCCACCGUCAGAACACUUAGAUCACAGUCAUCGUUAAGUGGAAAGCCCAAGGAACGUUGUCCACCCAGUGUGACUCCACUCUCGGUUUCCUACAAGAACAUGAGAAGAAGUCCCUCACAAAUCUCGCUGGAUACCAUUUCACUUGACAGCAUGAUUUUGGAAGAACAACUAUUAGAGAGUGAUGGAAGUGAUAGCCAUAUAUUUUUGGAAAAAGGUAUUAAAAAGAACUCAAUUACAAAUUACCAGAACCCAGCAGAGAGUGUGAAUACCAGCACAAACAUACCAAAUUAUGGUGAAACCUCCCCAGAUGCCAUCAGUACAAACUCAGAGGGUGCUCAAGACCACCAUGACCUGAUGUCAGUUGUGGUGUUUAAAAUUGCUGGUGUUAGUGGAGAAAUGGACAUCCGAGGAGAAGAUACUGAAAUCUGCCUUCAAGUGAACCAAGUGACGCCAGAUCAGUUAGGGAACAUCAGCUUCCGGCAUUACCUUGGUCAGCGUUCAGUAGGUUCAGAUCAGAAAGCUGUAAUGCAUUCCAAAUCCUCUCCUACAAUCACUCUGAGAUUUGAAAGUGGGCCUGGUGCAGUAGUACACUCUUUGCUUGCAGAAAAAAAUGGCUAUCUCCAAUGCCAUAUAGUAGAUUUUAGCACUGAGUUUCUAACGUCUACUCUUAUGAAUAUUCAACAUUUUUUGGAAGAUGAAACUAUUGCAACAGUGAUGCCAAUGAAGAUACAAAUUUCCAACACAAAAAUAAAUUUAAAAGAUGACAGUCCACGUAGUAGUACGAUAUCCCUUGAACCAGAGCCUGUAAUUGUCCAUAUUGAUCACCUUGUAGUAGAAAGAAAUGAUGAUGGCUCUUUUCGUAUUAGAGAUUCUCAGAUAAUUAACACUGGAAGUGACUGGGAAGAGAGUGAUUCGGUGUCCCUGACCCAUGGCAGUCGUGACCUUAAGAAGCACCAAAGUGUCACUCAGACCACUCAAACAAGUCCAGAGGUUCAUUGCUCUUCUCAGAACUUGAAUUUUCCAAACUUCUGGUUUCAGCUCCUGGAGGAAAAUGAAUUUCUUAAACAGGAACUGGCUAAAGCUAAAAUGGCUCUUGCCGAGGCUCACUUGGAAAAAGAGGCUCUUCUCCAUCAAAUAAAGAAGAUGUCAGUCGAAUAG